AUUUUUUUUAUCUUAUUACCCAAUUUGGCCAUUGAGCCAUGGAUCCAACUGGUUUGGAACAAGAUGGAUUCAAGUUUGCAAAGUCUGCUGUCGAACUAGAUGAAAAAGGACAUUAUAUUGAAGCAAUAUUCUAUUAUAAGGAGGCCAUUGAAGCUCUAAGAAAUGCUGCAAUUGCCGGAUCAAAAAUAGACUGUGCUGCUAAAGCAGAUGAAUAUUCGAAAAGAGUGGAAGAACUCGCUGAAUUUUUAGCCCAAAAAACACAACAACAGUCUAUAAAGCGGUCACCAUCACAUCACACAUCACAAGAUGAACAGAGAGGGAAAUUUUUAAUAAAACAAGCUUUGGAACAAGAUGAAAAAGGAAAUGAAAAUGAAGCAUUGGAAUUAUAUUUGCAAGCUGCUGAACUAUGCAUCAAAGCUAGAGAUGUUCCUGGUACAACACCAGCAUCUAGGAAGCAACUCGAAGGUCUUGCCAAACAAGCUUUAACAAGAGCUGAAGAUAUAAAAGGAAUAAAGAAAAUGGAAGAUGAGUUUGAUGAAAAAAUUGCUGGAUUACCAGAUGUCGUUAACAAUGAUUUUCCUCCUAUAAAUUCAUCGAAAACUGAAAACAAAAAUGCUAAAGCAAAACCAAAGUCUCCUAAUCCACCACGAAAACCUCUUGGUCCAGAUUUUACUAAGAAUGAUGGUAAGAAUACUAGUGCACCCAUCCCAUUUCGACCUACUGUCAAUCAAUCAAGACCAUCAACAACCACUGCACAAUCAUCUGGAGGGGGAUACACAAAAGAAGAAAUUGCUGUUCUUCGAUCGACGUCAUUUAUCAAUAAGAGAGAGUAUGUUCCAUUUAUGAGUGUUGACUUGAGAGAGAGAUUUGCUUUUCCUGUGCCUUUUACAGAUAAAUCUGGGCUUCUUGAAUUGUCCGCAAAACAGAAAAAGCGAUUAAAAGCUUGGAUGAGGCCCAAUGAGUUUGCAGAGGAUCCACAAAUGAUAAUGGCUGUAUCGAGUUUUAGUAUCAAACAAACUGUGGUAUCAGAUUGUUCUUUCGUUGCUUCUCUUGCAAUCAGUGCUGCUUAUGAACGAAGAUUCAGGAAAAAACUUAUCACAAGUAUUAUUUAUCCUCAGAAUAAGAAAGGAGAACCAAUGUACAAUCCGUGUGGAAAAUACAUGGUGAAGUUAAAUCUCAACGGAGUGCCAAGAAAAGUUAUUAUUGAUGAUUAUCUACCUUGUGAUAAUCGCGGGGAAUUAUUAUGUUCAUAUUCAUCAAAUAGAAAUGAACUCUGGGUUGCACUCAUCGAGAAAGCCUACUUGAAAGUAAUGGGUGGAUACGACUUCCCAGGAUCUAAUUCUAACAUCGAUCUGCAUGCAUUAACUGGAUGGAUUCCAGAGCGACAAUCAUUGAGAGAAGACACUUUUAAUAAAGAUCAUUUCUUCGACAAAAUAUUUGACAGAUUUCAUAAAGGACAUUGUUUGGCAACAAUCUCCACUGGACCUAUGACACCUGAAGAAGAAGAUAGAACAGGUUUGGUUCCCACUCAUGCAUAUGCUGUCCUUGAUAUCAGGAAAGUUCAAGGUCUUCAAAUGCUUCAACUUAAGAAUCCAUGGAGUCAUCUGAGGUGGAAAGGAAGAUAUGGAGCAGAGGAUGAGGAGAGAUGGACUCCUAAGCUUAGAAAAGCUUUGAAUUAUGACAACAAACUAGCUCAGCAAUAUGAUAACGGAGUUUUCUGGAUUGAUUACGAUUCUGCUCUUCAUUUUUACGACACAUUUUACGUAAGUUGGAAUCCGGAUUUGUUUCCCAAAACUACAUGCUGCCAUUAUUCAUGGAUGGCUCACGAUGGCCCAGAAAAAGAUUCCUAUUCUCUCGGGGACAAUCCACAAUUUAGUUUGGAAGUCAGAAAUCCUCAACAAUCUGCAGUAUGGGUUCUUCUGACUCGUCACAUCACUGAUAAAGAUGAUUUUGCACAAAACCAAGAGUUCAUAACGAUGCUUGUUUAUAAAAAUGAAGGGAAAAGGGUUUACUACCCACAUUCGCCUUCGCCUUACAUUGAUGGUGUUCGAAUCAACAGUCCACAUUAUCUGACUCGAAUUCAGGUUCCUGCUGCUAAAACCAGUCCAAACCGGUUUACUCUGGUUGUAUCCCAAUAUGAAAAACACAAAAAUAUCCAAUACACGAUAAGAGUUUACGCCACAGCUGAAUUUGCUUUGAAAAAAAUUUUGGACCCGUACAAGUUUAAAAAGAGGAUCUCUGGUAACUGGACUAAAGAAAAUGCUGGUGGAUGUGCCAAUCAUCGUGAUACUUAUAAUAGGAAUCCCAUUUAUCAAAUUAAUCUCAAUUCUCAACAACAAGGAAACAUUAAAUUAUUGAUCGAGCUCCGAGGCCCGAAGGUAUUCAGUGUCGGAUUUGAUGUUUCUUGUGUUGACACAAAAAACGGAGACAAACCGUUUAAACAAGAAAUGAGUGGAAAUUUCAGGUCUGGAUACUCAAUGCUAGAACUGGAUGUACCACCGGGAAUUUAUAACAUAAUACCAUGUACUUUUAUGCAAAAUAAAAUAAGUCCUUUUUUUCUUGAUAUUUCAACUUCCUGUGAAGGCACUAAAAUUGUCAAAGUCAAGUGAAUUUUAUUGUUUUGCUUCUGUUUUAAUUGUUUUUUUUUCGCUUUUGUAAUAUUUAGCACACAGAUGCUGAUGAAAAGUCAUUAUUACAGUUUGAAUGUCGCCAGUUACAGAGUAGAAAUAUGCAAUACAAUAAUUUUCUAGAUGAAAAAUCGCGUAUAUAUAUCACCAAUAACUAACAAGCUUAUUUCUUUUCUGGCCGUGCAUAGUGAUAAGUAUCUACCAAUUGAGCGGAGAAGCAUGGAACAAGCUAAGAAUCCAAAAUGCCUAUAUAUAUAUGUAUCAAAAAUUUGAUUCUGAAUCAAACACCAAGAAAACCAAUUUUGAUAACCAAAAAUUGGGGUGUACAAACUUCCUUUUGAUAUUCCAUUGAAAUUUUCUUAGUUGACUUCCAAGCCUCGACACCAAAAUCAAUAAAAACAUUUUAAACUUCUGCUUGAGGUUUUGAAUGGUUGUAGUUGCAUGAUGCAUACAGUAAUGUGUAGUUAUAACUUUGGUAUUAGGCAGAAGCCUGUGGUCACAUAUCACACAUCUUCAAGGAGGAAGCGGUAGAGUAAAUAAAAAGUUUUGUUGUGCAUGAUUAAAAAUUUAGCUGAAAAGGGGAAAGAAGAGAUUGUCUUACCAUCAAAAAUAUCAAAGCCUUAUUCUGCCCAAGUCUAAAAAUAAUGGAGUAUUUAAUGUGGACAAACUGCUAUUUAGUUGCACUUAUAAUGCUUCGUUUCACACUAAGAGUGAUAAUCUGCUGUAUUUGAAGUAAUUAAUAAAUAUAUAUAUUUUGCUGCC